AUGUUCUCAAGAAUUCGUGGAUUUGUAAGUCGUCAUAGACGAAAGUUUAUACUAGGAGGUAUUGUCUUUGGUAGUGUAGUAUUCAUAAGGUAUACUACACGCAAACUUAGAGAAUGGCAAGAAAAGGAAAUAAAAGAUAUGCUUGAAAAGACAAAACGACGACAGUACUUUGAGUGUACAGAAAGAACAUGUAGCCAAAUGAUUAUGUCCCUUACAUCGACUCUAAGGGAUUCUAUAAUCAAAGUUUUGGACACUGAAGCUAUUGUAAAUAAACUUAGAAACGGUUGUCCUGAUAAAGUAGCCUGUUGGAACGAGUUGAAAGUCUUAGCAAUAGCUAGAUCAGCUGUAGUGAUAUAUUCCUAUGCCAUGUUAGCUACUUUAAUAAGGAUCCAAUUCAAUGUAAUGGGCGGCCAUGUAUAUAAAGAUAUUCAGAAUUCUAAUGGCAUGACUACAGAGAACAUUGUACAGACAAAAUACAUGUCACUUUCACGUCACUUUAUAUAUGAUGGAAUUAAGAAAUUAAGUCUGCUUAUAAAAGACAAGGUUGCGGAAAUCACAGCCUCGAUAUCACUGAAAGACGAAUUAACUUUAAGAGAUAUAGAAGAAAUAUAUUGGGCAAUAACUUCUUCUAUAUCUGCAGAUAGUUCAAAAGAUCCUAUAAAGAAUCUUGCUGAGUACAUGUUACUGCUAACCUGUGAAGAUGAUCAAGAACCUAUUGUAUCAAAAUUAAUUAAUGAAACCCUAGAUCUUCUAGAAAGUGAAGAAGUACAAAAUUUAACACAGAGUAAUAUUAGAAGUGGAUUCAGUUUGCUAGUGGAUCACAUCUCUGCAUUCUUUGUUGGUUCUCCCACAAUGGAAAAUGGAAAAACAGUUCAGAAUGGUUUUUCAGUACCAGGAACAUCGAGCCAGAAUCAUAAUAAUUGGAAAGAUAAUAACGACAUAAGCGCGAAUUAUGAUUCGAAUUCGUUUGUAAAUAUUAAUAAGAUAUCAAUGCCAAUGGCCAAGAUAAUUCCUAUUGUAAAUGGACAAGUACCGGACAAACCAACAGCUAAAGAUUUUCAAACGGAUUUAUUACAACAACUUGUAACAAAUAGCGAACUUAAAACACUUGGAGCAAAUAUUUAUGAAGCAUUUAGUUUUUAAGAUGCAAGUAUUGAAACUACACAUGACAUGCAAAUCCACUGAGAGAUAAAAAUUUUUAAUUUUUAUAAAUAUGUUGCAUUCAAAAUUUGUGCUUAACUAGUAGCAAUGUAAGUUGUAUCACCAUAUUAUGUAAUUAUGAAUUAAAAAUGUGUUAGUAACGGGGUUAUUACUAGUAUAUGUAAAUUGUAAAAAUAUGCCUUGGUCCUCUUAUUACAGUAUGUAAUAUUGUCAAGAAGUUAUAAUAUAUUUUUACUUUUUGAACAUU